AAGUUUAAUAGAGGAAGUGGAGGCACCUGCUGGUUGGACAUUAAUAUAUUUGGCAGCUUGGAGCCUUUAGGGUUAUAAACUGUUGGGAUUAGAUCAGAAGACUUUUAGGAUGUCAUGAGGUGACCUUCCUGUGUCAAAUUUUAUAGAUUUACAAAAGAAGUUAGAGUGACUCAGAGAGGAUCUGCUCAUAGACAGAGAGUGUCUUUCCUUUUUACUGAUUACAAGAAAGGAAGCUUAUCAUUGCAAAAGAUAUUGAAGGAUAUGAUAAUAAGAAGUAAUAUGAGUGAACGAAGCCUUUAAAUCUCUGAAAAGUAUUCAGAAUUUGGUAAGGAAUUGGAGCAUAUAUGUGGCAAUUAAGCAUCUUCUAAGCUAAGAGUACAAAUUCUAAUUUUCAACUUUAAAAAUUACAAGAUAAAUUGGUCUAGAGCAUCUAAAUGUAAAAUCAUCAAAGUUUCCCAUUUACCAACCAAAGGACUCAAACCAACAAGUUCCCAACAUCAAAAUUCAACUUAGAAAUCCCAAAUCCAACUUUAGCCCUUUGCAUUCCUGAAGAAAAGUCUGACUAAAGUUCUUAAGAUUAAUUUUCUGAAGCUAAACUCCAACUCAAAUCUUCAGAAUUUUGUAAAAUUAAGCCAAUAAUUUCAAUACUCUAACUG